GGCUAUAUUUGGAGGAGUGCGAUGAUGUCACAAGUGGUUGAGGGUAGGAGCCUAUAACAGAGGGGAUGGAGUGAGUGUGUGAGUGUUUGUAUGAAAAUCAGAGACAACGCCGGCACCUUCAGGAGCUGCUGUCCAUUGGUUUGAAACCGCUAAUACAUACAAGUAUUCUGCCAUGUAUCAUCUGAAGCUGCCCUCCCAGAUACUGAUCUUAUUUGUGAUGCUACUGUGUGUCUCCACUGUCCCUUACAACAGGUACUCCCUGCCAUUCAAUGAAAAGCCAGAUGACUUGCAAGAAGCUGAUGGAUGGCUGGUUACAGAUUUAUCAGACAAUCCAUUUCUGAGUUUUACAAGGCCACGGCCUCCCAGUGGCCUCCCUGCUGUCAACAGUCAUCACAUGGAAAAGCGGAACUGUAACACAGCCACCUGCGUGACUCAGAGAUUAGCAGACUUUCUCAUCCGAUCCAGCAACACCAUCGGCACCGUCUACGUGCCGACCAACGUAGGUGCCAACACUUAUGGGAAAAGAGACUUGCUGCAGUCGCCCAUUUAUCUGCCCCUCUAGUUUAAAUAUCAACACAGUAGAAAAUACAGUCAAAUAAAUGUAAUAUGUAUGAUAUGAAAAAGUUAUUCUGUUUGUAUGUUAUUUUUUGUUUAAUUUUUGUCCUGGUGUGCAUGAAAGCCAGUGCCUUUCGGUCUAAACAAUUGUCUGCAGCAUUUUCAGUUUGGGGUAAACUUAGCAUGUCUGAAUGUCUGAUAGUGUUUUACAACAUAUCAUGAUGGCAGAUGGCAGAUGAAUAAAAUGUAUUAGAAAAAGGAUGUGAAUAUCAAAGAAGAAUUAACAUGUUGUUCAGAUUUUUUUUUUUCUAAUAAAAGAGAGAUCAAAAUUU